AUGGACCAAUGACGUUGAAAGAAUCCUAUUAUAGACUGUAAUCGGACGUAAUCCCCCGAUCCGUCGAUUGAGUAGUAUUUGACCUUAUUUUCUAAUUAAAUCAGAUCUUUUGUUAGAAAAACAGUCUCUUGGGAGUGUAAUUGAUCUAUGAUAUAUUGAACACUGAAAUAGCGUAUUAUCGACGUGCAAUUAUGUUACCGGCCUAUACUAUGUUAGACUCUGUGAAGCAGCUGGGCGCUCAGUUCGGCCUGAGUAUCGAUGAGGCGGAGAGUGCCUCACCGGAUCAUUUACUAGGCAGUCAAUUAGGCGACGUAACAGAGUAUAAACGUAUUAAAAUAAGCUCUCGGCGUUCUAGUUCCUCGUCGGAAGACGAUGGCGACGAUGAGGAUGUAAAAUGUGGCGCAGAGAGUAACAUAAAACAACUAGAACACAGCAACACAGUUCGUGUUGCACGACAAAAGUUGCAAGGGAUAUACCCGCAUAUAAACAAGCUCGCUUGUAAUAAAGUUCAAACGCCAGGCGCUGUAGCAGCAUCAAAACACAACAUGGCUAUGGAUGGAGGGGAUUACGGUGGAACUUUUACCUUUGAGGAUUACCUCACCCAGGCUAAGGGAAGCUCACAUGACCUGCAGGAUACCUCGCAGUACGAUGACUCGGGUGGCUCACAAAGGAGAUUCCGGGAGAGGAAAGAGGGGUUGGGAAGGAAUACUAACACCUCAAAAAGUUGCUAUGCUCGAAGACCAAAAAAGCAACAUGACGUCGAGAUAUAUCUUGAUACCGAUUCGAAUUCUGAACACCGUGCGAGAUCAGGGAGUGUAGGAGAGGUUGAACUACGCCUAAGUAGGAACCACCUUUUCCCGGAUUAUAAUCAAGAAGAAGACGGUUGUCUUGGAUUACGUCGUGUUCGAAGUUUCAAAACGACUUCUAAAGGAGAGAUAGUUAACCGAGGCGACUCGUUUAAACGUAAGCAAGGUCGCUACGGGGGUGAAGGGCGCUAUGGAGGUGCAGCGUCCAACAACGCAGACACACAACCCAGACCUCAGUUUACAGCUGGGGGUCAGGAUUCCUCCACUACCCCCGGGGAUACUACAGAGGCGUAUAAAGUUCUUAUGCUAGGGAGGGCGGGCGUAGGGAAAACUGCCCUUGUUCAACAAUUUGCAACGUCGGAAUACAUGGGGGCUGAUACGCCAGGCUUAGAUGAAUAUUUCGAAAAAUCAGUCGCAGUACAACUAGAUGAAAAAGAAUCCACGCUAAACUUCUUUGUUUUACCUAGCAAUGAGGAGUUCUCAAAAUAUAGUGGCGUUGAUGCCUAUGUGAUCGUCUAUUCAGUGGCUGACAAGUCGAGCUUCAAGCAAACGAAAGAACACACAAAGUUUAUACGAAAACAUAUCUCCAGGGAAAUGCCCAUCAUCAUAGUUGGGAACAAGAGCGACAUAGUCCGCCAGAGACAAAUUACACCUGAAGAUGGUAAGAACGCCGCAACUCAACUUGAUUGUAAGUUUAUAGAGACUUCAGCCACCCUUAACCAUCAAGUGGACGACCUGCUGGUAGGGAUCCUCUCCCAGAUCAGACUAUUCAAGAAAGGUGGGGACAGCCACCAUAAACACGCCAAGGCAAUGAACCCAAAAGGAGCCCUCACAAAAUUUUUACAAAAGCACAAUGUCGUCACUAAGUCAUGCGACAAUUUAUUAGUAAAAUGAAACGUUUCUUAUUCCUAUACUUUCAUACUUGGCGAUGUGUAUUGAUCAAUAUCAUACUUGAUAUUCGGGGUUUUAGAAAUUAAUGACAUUUGAACAAGUCCACCAGGAAUCUUCUUCGAUAGUUCGUCC